UGUAACUUUGCUGGAGUUCUUAGCACCUAUCUUUACUACCAAUGGUAGACGCAGAGAUGGAUAAUAUUUCUAUUUGGACGUUAUGACUUAGUAACGAAGUAACUCUUCGGCUUUUUUUAGUCCAACUAGAAAACUAUAAGAAUUGCAACGAGGAGAUUGAGGAAACCAAGUUGUUCACCUAGCCAGACUGAAUACGUGCUAUGUGUCAUCUMUGUCUUAGACAACGAAAAAAUUCCGGUGACAUGUCAAGUUUCCUCGAAGAAGAAAAAGAACCARUAAGUCCCGUUGAUGAAGGGAUUAUUCUUGAUAAUCUUCCUGAAUCGAUGCAAGCUUGCCUUACUAGAGAUUACUAGCGAUUCUAAAAGCAAAGAUGAAAGAAAAAUACAAUUUGACAAAUGUGACUGAAUGGGAUCUCAACCAGUUCGUCGAGGCUGCUCAUAACGUGAUCCAAACACGAAAACAAAAAGACUGGACAUUCAACAAUGGUUGCGAAUUUGCGUUUGCUGCUCUUACAACAAUUGGUUAUGGUGAGAUAACACCCAAAACAGCUCUUGGCCAAGGUCUUACAAUACCCUACUGUUUGGUUGGUCUGCCGCUAACAAUGCUGGCUUUAAAGACAUCAGGCGAGGUUAUUCUCCUCGCUCUACGCUCUGCAAUGUGUAACUUUGAGAAGAAAGUUCUCGGACGUCAAAAUCCACGAAUUGGCUUUGUGAAAUUAUUUUGGACGAUAAUCAUUUGCCAAGCUCUAAUAAUCUGYAUGUUUGCCCUUCUUGAGACCUACAUCGACGGCUGGACYUUCCUGGAAGGAGUGUACUGCUGGUUUAUCACAUUCACGACWAUCGGUUUUGGAGAUUACGUUCCUUUUAGUAAAUUUUUAAAGAGAGCAAAUUACGACGAGUGGUUGAUYCAACUUGUCGGAUGGUUUGUUACCUUUCCAUAUAUUGUUGGACUAGUUUUGGUUGCUUCCCUGCUAAAUCUGCUCGUUGAAAGCUCCGAGAAUAUAAAAAUGCGAUGUGCCACGUUGCGGAAUUGCUGUGUAUGUACGUGUAUUGCAAGUAAUGGCAUUGAUGCAGGUGACGAUGAAAAUGGCGGUAUAAAGAUAAUUUCCAUGGAAACGAAUGCAAAAUGCAGUAAYAAUGGGGGCACAAACACCAUCGACCAAGAAAAUGCAAAUGARCUGGUCAUUUCCAACGAUAUGAACCAAAAAAACCAUAACGGUGACGUAAAUACAAGCAAAGGCAUUUCCAACGGCGUUGAGAAUUAAUUGUAAUCCAUAUAGAAAUAAAGAAAUUGCAAUCACUAUACCCGGCCCGGAAGUUGAAGCUCCAAUUUACACUAAAGUGUACUUGUAUAGAAAAUAAUAUUGCAAUGCACAGCGAGAAGASUGAUAAUAUCAAUGCUUAUGAAACUAAUAAUUUCAGCAAACAUUACUACAAGAAGACAAUCAACACAACAUCGGCGAUGUUAACAAAACGACGACGAAACAGCCAUUACUGACAUUACUGUGUCCACUAUUACAGCAACUUAGUGUUUGCAAAAAAACUAUUCAAUCUCAACAUUGUUUUUUUAUGGAAUUCACUAGUAAUAACUAAAGUUCACCUUCAGUUCAAAUACAGAUAUGGCAAAUGUUUAACAUCUAGCCGUCUAAGAGAAUUUGAGGGUUUUUUUAUUUCACCAAUUGUUAUUGCAAUUUGAUUCAUAAUAAAUAUCAUAUCAUACGGAAUCGUUUCUGUUAGUUCCCUCAAACCCAAAAUUCGGAUACACUACCGCUUCACUCACCGAUAAAUAACAAGCAGCGUCCGAUAGAUAAAGCCUCAGGGCAUCCUUAACUCUAGCUAAAAGACAAAUAUAAAUGUUUAGUUCUCAUACAGUAACAGCAUAAAAACAUAGUUAAUAGAGAGGACUGAUCUCUAUUAACUAUGAUAAAAACCAUAAAGAAAGUAAACUUAGAAUCAUAAACUGAAUGCACACGAUUUGUCAACUUACGUUGGAAAUCAGAACUCCGCCGGUGCCGAAACCACUCGAUUUCUGCUUCAAUCAUAUUCUUUGAAACACAGUCUAAUCGAAAAUAAAGUAAAAAUGUUUUUAACAAGACGACAUUGACCUAAUUCCCUAAAUAAAUCAGGAAAAUAAGGAAAUAAAAGCAACUUACCAAACGCUUUGACCUCGCUGACAUGAGUUACACGUGCAAUA